AUGGCAGUGCCAUUUGGCUUCUCCGUCGGCGACUGUAUUGCCGUUUGUCUAUUGAUCAAGGAUGCAGUCAAAGCCCUGGAUGACAGCCGCGGGGCAUCUGCAGAGUACCAAGAAGUCAUUCGGGAGCUUUGGUCCCUCGAUCGCGCCCUCCUUGAAGUCGAAUUGCUCUCCCGAAUAUACGAAUCGACCAUUGAGCUGAAUGCACUCAGCUGUACUGCAAAACGGACUGCGGAGCAAUGCAGAGUCUGCAUCGAAGGAUUCCUAGAUACCAUCAAAAGAUAUAACAAGGCAUUGAGACAAGGUGGCUCUGGUAGCGUAUGGAGAGACGUGAAAGGGAAGGUAUUAUGGAGCAUAUUGAGGAAGGAUGAUCUGUCCAAGUUCAGGACGGAGAUCAAUACACAUAGUUCUGUGCUCAAUAUGCUCCUCCUCACUGCAAAUCUAUCCCUUGCCAAAUUAAACGACAUGAAACUCAACGAGCGCCUCCGUGUUUCAGACAAUCAACUCAACCAGAAGCUCGACAAUAAUACAAGAAGGCUAGACGCACAAGGAAGCGUGCUGGCCAGACUAGCUGAUGGCAUACUCAGGACGUAUUUUCGUACGCUAGGAACGGAACUUAAGAGCUUUAUGACCAAUAUUUGGACUCUGAGUUUUAGUAGCUACAGAAUCCUGCUUGAUCUCCAAACCCGCGUUCCACGAGAAUUUGGACCGUGUUGGAUUCAAGAGCCACUCACGUUUACGGAUGCAUUAGGCCGUAUUGCCCCCAUUCAUCUCGAAUUAAUUAAUUCGUGGGACGUGUUUGAAGCUGUCUUAGAAGCCCGAUUUUUGAAUUUCCCCGGAGAACGCAAGAUCAAGAGCAGGGAAUAUGCUAUUUCAGAUAGUGCGUCCGAGCAAGACCUCGUACGAUCACAAGCAUUUGCAUUAGCAUUUUUACCCGGGCGACGCAUUGAUAUGUGCAUGCUGUUUCAAGAACAGGGAUUUGAUAAUUGUUGCCCAGGGUGUGGGCAGACAAGUGAUAGUCUAGAUUCUACAGCGACUACUUGGUAA